AAAAAAUCCAUUUCUUGGUUAUAUGAUGCCGUUGGUCAAGAAAAAGCAGGUCCUCAUCCUGCCUAGUUGUGUUGCCCUCUCUGCAUGGGUGUCUGCCAUUAUUUCUUCCCACUGCCCUGCGUCUUGCUAGGCAUUCAUAAUCCAAGCAAGGCAGUUUCCCUUCCCCCUGCUCUCACAAUCUCGUGGAGUGCACGCGACAUCUCCGGACCCCUGCCGCUCCUUCCUCCCAGCAAGCUCUUCAACUCAUCUUUUUCUCCUCUGUUAAAUUCAGCAUCUCCGUGUCCAACCCUCACAAGACGUGGUUUCUAUCACAUAACGACCGGAAUGACAUGUGAAAAUCCGGACCUCGACAAAACCGCGACUCACUCUAGACCUCUCAAACAACCAAGGUUGCGCAACGACAUCACCAUUAGAGUACCCGCGUCCUUUGUGACCUGCGACAUCAUCACUUCUUCUAGUCGACAGCCUGCGUUGCUCUCGCUCCUUUAUUGACAGAUCGAUCACUCAUUACACCGACCGAAUGUUCUUCCGCGCCCUCUCUUCGUUACUCUUCCUCACGCUCAUUAUUUUAUUGGUACCCCUCACUUUCGACAUCGGCGGACGCGACGCUGGCCUCGCUUUCUCUCUAUCCAUCGCCUCCUUCUACUUCAUCCUCUCACUCUUACGAGUCUCGACUCCGGAGAAUUCGGCUGUCCGCAAAACCUUCGUCAAUAUCCUCCGGGGUCUUCAAUGGCUGAUCAUACCUAGCCUGUGCAUCUGGGCACUGGGAAGAUUCUCCAUCGAUGCGAACAACAGUGGUGGCUGGGUCGAAAGGACUUUCAGGAGCAACAAGAGUUUCCUGGAUCAACACAAUGGUCUUUGGGAUACCGUGUUUGGUCCGGAGGGUCUAGUCGAGAAUGCGACUAUUGGAGGAUGGGACUUGCUCUUGCGAUGGUCCUCCCCAAUCUUCCAAUUACUCGAGGGAUUCUGCAGCCUGCUUGUUAUUCAAGCUGUGGGCCAGUUCUCGAGAUGGCUGGUGAAUCGGAGUGAAUGGAGCGACGCCUGGCUACUGACCCUCCUUGUCUCGUCUGCGGGAGUGGUGUCGAGUUCCAUCUACUUCCUCUGGCGAGUCUUGCAGUUCCCGGACGUUUCAAACAUUGACUCUACCCUCAUCGGCAUCGCGAUUGCCUCAGCUAUCUUCCUGUGUGCAUAUGGUAUUGUCUCGGGUCGUGGUACAGCAAUGGAAUCGUCGCUGCUAUUCGCAUACAUUGUGCUGUGCAUCUACCAGAUAUUCACCGACUACAAGCCUAACAUCCAGGCGGAUGCUGGGGCAGCCUCAUCGGCACCUGAUUUUCCUCCUUUCCCACCCAUCAUUAUGUCCUCAUACACGGCCAUCAUGUAUGCGCUGUCAUCACUACCGGAAGCCCUGCUUAACGCGUUGGACUUCACGGUUGCAGCAUUCCGAGCCGUCACACCUUCGGUGCUCAUCUCUCUCGGCUACCGAUUGUUUGUUUUCUAUGCCUCAACCCGCAUCAUCCCAGCGGUCAAUGAAAGUGGUGCGCACGGCUUGAGCAUGGAACCCACACUUGACGAUACCGACGCCGGCAACCGCUUCCUUGCAUUCCUAUCAUGGUUUUCACCAAGCAUUCUCAUUGCAGUCUACACCAGCCUGCUGAUGCAGCAUUUCGCGACCACAAUGGGCGGCUAUUCCCCAGGACUCACGGAAUCAAUAAGCGCUUGGUGGAGCGGCAAUGGACAGCCUGCCAUCAAUGGCAAUAUCUGGAAGUGGGUGAAUUUGGUUAUCACAAUGGGACUGUACGCAGUCGAGUUGUGGCUCGGCAAAGAAGAUGACAUUGAUGGCGGCCAUUGGAAGGUUGACUGAGCAGUGAAAAUGGAGCAACAGAAUAUCUUGACCCAGAGAAUGAUCACAAAUUGAAGCAAUCUAUUGUUGGAUUCAAUCGUCAGCUGAUCUUCAUCUGCCUUCGUUGGACAGAAUUUAGAGCAAAGCGCGACGUCAAAAUUGCAGCACCACCAGGGCUCCCAACAAGGACGAGGACUGGACGCCGGCCCGUUUCACCCACCACGACAUGGACAGAAAGCUGAUGCUGAACUGCGCGAACAAGCACAAAAAUUUCCCAAGACGGCUCACCGGCAAGAACAAGAGCAGAACUCUCUGCGAAGAAAAGUGUGUGGUGGCUACCUAGGACCGAAGAGGAUGAGUCUGCGGUGGCCUUCUGCAUCAGGUCCUUGCCAUACGGGAGGCUGUAGGUAUGUUGCGAAAAAUUGGGGGUAACCAAACGAAUCAAAGCAGAGUCGGAUGGGCACCGUGGGGUCACUAUGGAUGAAGUGGACCACGUUUAAUGUCAUAAUUUUGGCACGAUGGCAUACCGGUUGCUCCGCGUACUUGUGUUGCAGGAGCUACAAUCCGGUCUUACCACAGAUUGUCAGGGGAGGCACUAAGAUCGGAGCCAGGGCCGGAAAUCCCACAUAGCCAGAGGACGAGAGUGAGAAGCAGGCUUGAUGAAUCGAUAAUCAUUCGAAACUAAGAAUGCGCCUCCUUAAGUGUGUCAU